GGCUCUGGUUCCAGCUCCAGCUCGUCUUCGUCUGCUGCUGCCGCUGUCCCUACUGCACCUGCUAGCACCUCCGGUCACGUCAACAUCCAAGUCGGCGCCAACCAGAAGUUCGUGUUCAGCCCGAGCAACGUCACUGCCCCUGUCGGUACCUUGGUUACUUUCUUCUUCCCGAGUGCUAUUGCGCACUCGGUGACCCAGAGCUCCUUCGACGCGCCGUGCACUCACCUCGCGUCCAACGGUAGCAGCCCGGCCGGUUUCGACUCCGGUCUCCAGCAGGGCACCCAGUUCACCAUCAACAUCACCGACGCUAGCGUCCCGAUCUACUUCCACUGCAAGGCGCCCACGCACUGCGGUCUCGGCAUGGUUGGCUCCAUCAACGCGCCCACGACCGGGGACCAGACCUUCCAGGCCUUCCAGGCCGCCGCCGUCAAGAUCGGCAGCAGCGAAAAGACUGAAUCCGACACUGGCUUUGCCUCGGGUGGUGUCGGGGCCGUCGCCACCGCGUCCGCCGCCGAUACCGCCACCGCCUCGGCCUCGGCCAGCUCGAGCUCGGGCUCCACCAAGAAGAGCGGGGCGGUCGGCCUCGUCGCGAGCGGUCUCACCGCCGCCGCCGGUGCCGUCCUCGGCGCUGUUCUC